UGUCGUGUCGUUUCCUGGUGCUGGCAGCGAGAAGGCGAGACGACGUUAUUCCGACGCUGUAAACAAAAGUUCACUCAACGGUCCGCGCUCUUCGACACUUUCCGCGAAAAGACAUGCAUAUCAAGACGGGUACGUGGGAAGCCAGUAACACUGUGUGCGAGUCCGAUACCCUGUGCGACCCAGCUGUCCUCGUCGCGACCGCCAACCCGGAGCCGCACGUCCGAAACCGCCGCCUGUCGCCCGGCUCCGGCAACUGCGGCGGGGGCGGAGGAGGCUGCCUUUCCGGAGGGCGGCCCCGGCAGCUCUCCCCCGACGCGGACCCGAUCGGACCGACCCGCUCGCACGCCUUCGGCUUCCGCGUGGAAAAAGAGCGCAAGGGCCAGCAGCACAAAGGCCGCGGCCUUCGCCGAGACGCCGGCCAGAAGGACCUCAAUCGCUCCCGAAAGCUUACCCGGAAAGAGAGGUGGGUGGAGGACAGUCUGUCGCUGCUCAAGCCCCCGCCCGCCUUCCCGGUGCAGGACAGCCCCGCCAAGCUGCAGCCGGCCGUCAGCUACGCCUCCAAGGUGAAGGCCAAAGCGACUGGCGGCGUUCUGGAGGAGGACCGCCACGCCAUCGGUGUUCUGCUCCAGAACCAAUGGGGGCUGAGUUUCAUCAGCGAGCCGAGGCCCGUUCCGGAGGGCGCGGACCCUCACCCCGCCGCCGAUCCCCCCGCCCCUCGACCCGAAGAAACGCCCAGGCCCUUCGCUACCUCCGCCGCCCCGGCGACACGCCCUGAGCUGGACGAGAACAACGGGGAGCUGCUACUCAGUUGUCGCCACCUUGUGGAGGCUCUCAACUUCCAUAAUAGAGAAUGGAAUGCAAUCUGCAACAAACAGAAAAAAGAUCCCAAAAGAGUCAUGUGGUACAAGGACUUCCGGGAGCACCCGGCCUAGUGGCGCGCGGAACCCCGAAGCGUAUAUAGACCGACGCGCACGCAAUCUACACGCGCCUUCGUGCGCACUGACGUAACGACGGACAAUUCUCGGAGUCCCCUCUCACACGCUGCACUCAGGAUGAUGUCUUCAUGCAAAGCCACACUGAGACACUUUGGACUAACUCCUUUUUGAGAUCUUACAGCAAUGAACUUUUUUUUUUUUUUUUAAACGCCUUAUUAAAAAGUCUGCCUUAAGUAAUCAGACCGUUGUUCCAUCGCCCCGUUAUGAAUUUUAUCUUGUGUGUGUGAGACUGGGUCCCCCCCCCCUCUUUUAAUAAUCUUUGAGAAGCUGUAAUUGAAUUUUUUUCCUCCCCUUUUUUGAACGUUACAGUUUUAACAAACUGUGUCCCGUGCAAAGCGAGUGGUCAAUCAAGCACUUUGUUAAAUCUGUUAUUAGCGAUGGCCGUGCCAGCACCUCUCGCGGUGAUGUCUUUUUUUUUUUCCACCCACUCCGACUCCGUUUGACAUGUCUUAUAUACCUGCUCGAGUUUUACUGUUAACUUUUGGGUUUACAGAGGGGGUGUAUUCAAAGGCACAGUACUAUUUCCCCCUUUAGCCCUGUCAGAGCUAAAUGCCGGUUCUCCCCCCCCCUUCCGUUCUUUCGUUUGUUUUCUAAUCAGGUGAAUGUUGCUCAUGAAUUCAUAAGGGAGCUUAGUGUUCAAUAUGUUGAUUUUUGAAAAAUAAUUUGGAAAAAAAUUACACUGGAGGAGGAAUGUACGUGAACAGUAUUGCUUAAUAAAAGUAAAUAAACUUGA